CUUUCUCUCUUUUAUUUCCAAACCAUAGCAUGGCGUCGUUUUCUUCAGCGCUAUGUCGAUGGACUCACUCUUCACGCAAACAGCACUCAAUCUUCUACUGCUGCUGGUCGUAUUAUGGAUUUACGGCCGUUUCCGCUUUCAGCGUGAUAUCGAAUUCAUGCUGGGCCAACGUUUUCCCACAUGGAAAGUGAAUGUAUUGCGGUUUGUUGCGCCGAUUUGCCUCUGUUUACUAUUGUUAAUUGCGGUUGUUGCUGCCUACUACGAGCACAGAGUCGCCUCAAUCGUCAUCCAUAUUGUAGCGGUUUUGCUCAUCGUUCUACCUUGGCUCUGCUUACCCGGUUACAUGAUCUAUGUGCUGCUGCAAACAUCGGGCUCAUUUAUGAUGCGCUUUCGACGUUGCUGUCGACCAAUGGAUUGGUAUCCCGUUGAAAUGGAGGAACGACAACGUUACGAAGAGGCCAUGGGUAAUAUGGAUAUUACGCAUCAAUUGAGUCAAAUUGAAGAUGAAGUUGCGCCAUAAAAAGCUUGUGAUACAUACACAUGUAUGUAUGUGCAAUAUGUAAAAGAAUUUCCAACAUAAAAUACUACGGCUAAAAAUUAUAACUAAAUUACUGUAUAUAUGUAGGUAUGUAUAUGUGUAACUAUAUAUGUACAUAAAUAUGAAUGUAUAAGGAAAUUGUGAUUUUGUUAAAUGAGUAAAAUUAUUAGCAGAGCUUCGUAAAUAGUAGCUUUAGUGAACGUUUAGUGGAUAAAUUGCUUUUCCGCAAACCCCAUUUGUAAAAGCUUUGCAUCAACCAAAGACGAAUUUAUGAAAAUGUUAAAAUAGUUUUUUUUUAUGAAUAAAUGCUCACACUUUA